ACCUAUCAAUUCAUUGUAUCCCCACUCAGUUAGCCAAUCCGAUUCACUUGUUCUUCCUUCACUCUCUCUCUCUCUCUCUCUCUCUCUCUCUCUCUCUCUCUCUCUCUCUUUCUUUCUCUCUCUAUACUUGGACCUUCUCUCAGUGUCCCUUCUCUGUGGUUGCAACUUGGGUGAAAGGACUGAAAUACGAAUUUUCUGGAAAAAGAAAUCCCCCACAAAAGAAAUGCUAAAGUGUGGGAGCAAGGAGCAUUAAAAAGAUAAGUGCCAAACCUCAAAGUUGUCAACUCAAAUAUCAAAUUGUGCUUUUACCUCUUUAUGGCUUAAAAUUUCCCUCAGAAAACCAAACCAAAAGGAAUAAAAAAAGGGAGAGAGAGAAAGGGAAAAAAAACUAGUUAGCAUUUUUUGUUGUUCUUCUUCAGCUUCAGUACUGAAAAGAAAGUAAGGAAAGAGAUCUGGUAUAUGGUUAACAGAGAAGUUGUAUGUGUGAAUAUAGUUAAGGUUGUGGUGUUUGUGAACCUUUGUGGCGAUGUCAAGUGGUGGAUGCAGCAUUGUGUGGUUCAGAAGGGAUCUGAGGGUGGAGGAUAACCCUGCACUGGCUGCAGGAGUUAGAGCAGGAGCUGUGGUUGCUGUUUUCAUUUGGGCUCCUGAAGAAGAGGGUCAAUACUACCCUGGUAGGGUAUCUAGGUGGUGGCUCAAACACAGUUUGGCUCAACUUGAUUCCUCUUUGAGAAGCCUUGGCAUUCCUCUUAUCACCAAACGUUCUACUGACAGUGUUUCUUCUCUAUUGGAGGUUGUCAAGUCCACUGGAGCUACCCAACUCUUUUUCAACCAUUUAUAUGAUCCAUUGUCACUUGUGAGGGAUCACAGAGCAAAGGAGGUUCUGGCUGCUCAAGGCAUUACCGUACGUUCCUUCAACUCGGAUUUAUUAUAUGAACCAUGGGAUGUGAAUGAUGCACAUGGCCAGCCGUUCACAACUUUUUCUGCUUUUUGGGAAAGAUGCCUUAGCAUGCCUUAUGACCCACAAGCACCUCUUCUCCCACCUAAAAGGAUUAUUCCAGGUGACGUAUCAAGGUGCCCUUGUGAUACAUUGGUGUUUGAAGAUGAAUCAGAGAAGGCAAGCAAUGCACUUCUUUCUAGAGCAUGGUCACCUGGGUGGAGCAAUGCUGACAAGGCUUUGACAGCAUUUAUAAAUGGUCCACUGAUUGAGUACUCAAAGAAUCGCAGAAAGGCUGAUAGUGCCACAACCUCUUUUCUCUCACCACAUUUGCAUUUUGGUGAGGUGAGUGUGAAGAAGACUUUCCACCUUGUCCGAAUUAAGCAAGUGUUUUGGGCCAAUGAAGGGAACAAGGCUGGUGAAGAAAGUGUGAACUUGUUUCUCAAGUCUAUUGGUCUUAGAGAGUAUUCAAGGUACAUUAGUUUCAACCACCCUUAUAGUCAUGAAAGGCCUCUUCUAGGCCACCUUAAGUUUUUCCCUUGGGUGGUAAAUGAAGGGUAUUUUAAGGCUUGGAGACAAGGGAGAACAGGGUACCCUUUGGUGGAUGCUGGAAUGAGAGAGUUGUGGGCCACUGGUUGGUUGCAUGAUAGGAUACGUGUUGUAGUUUCAAGUUUCUUUGUUAAGGUUCUGCAGCUUCCUUGGAGAUGGGGAAUGAAGUAUUUCUGGGAUACCCUUUUGGAUGCUGAUCUUGAGAGUGAUGCUCUUGGUUGGCAGUACAUAUCUGGUACUCUACCUGAUGGUCGUGAAUUUGACCGAAUAGAUAAUCCACAGUUUGAGGGCUACAAAUUUGAUCCAAAUGGAGAAUAUGUUCGACGCUGGCUUCCUGAACUUGCCAGAUUACCGACAGAAUGGAUACACCAUCCAUGGAAUGCACCUGAGUCUGUUCUCCAAGCUGCUGGAAUUGAACUUGGGUCAAAUUACCCUCUUCCCAUUGUAGGAAUAGAUGCAGCAAAAACAAGACUGCAAGAAGCACUUAUACAAAUGUGGCAACAAGAAGCAGCAUCAAGGGCUGCAAUGGAAAAUGGAACAGAAGAAGGGCUUGGAGACUCAUCUGAAUCAACCCCUAUUGCUUUUCCUCAAGACAUACAAAUGGAAGAAAGACCUGAACCUGUUAGGAACAACCCGCCUCAUGGUACUCGGCGCUACGAGGAUCAGAUGGUUCCAAGUAUCACUUCUUCUCAUGUGAGAGUGGAAGAGGAAGAAACAUCUUCUGAUCUUCGAAACUCGGCAGCAGACAGCAGAGCUGAAGUGCCAAUAAAUGUAAACACACAUCAAAAUGCAAGAGAGACAGUUAACCAAGGAGUGUUGCAGAUGCAGACUGUAAAUAGAAACACGCGAAUACAGAGUAAUACUACAAUGUGGCUGAGAAAUGCAGCUGAAGAUUCCACAGCAGAAUCUUCAAGUAGUACUAGGAGAGAAAGGGAUGGUGGUGUAGUUCCUGUAUGGUCUCCACCAGCUUCUAACUUCUCGGAGCAAUUUGUAGAUGAUGAAAAUGGUAUAGGAGCCAGUUCUUCUUUCUUGCAGAGGCAGCAUCCUCAGUCUCACCAAUUGAUGAAUUGGACACGGCUACCUCAAACUGGGUGAGAUUUCCCAAAGCAUUGAAAAAUAUUAAUAACAUAAGCGAAAUGCUAGUAACAUACUCUUUUGACAUACUUUUUAACACUCUUUAUGAUUGAUCAAUAUUCUAAGAAGCAAAAACACUCAGCUUUUAAAUGAUAACUUUUGAAAAAUUAUUUUACUUUUAAUAAAUUGACCAAUAACAAGUAGUGUAAGAGUUUUUUUAAAAGCGUGUAUUACUAGUGUUCCUCAUGAUAUAAAUAUACUUUGUGCUUCAUGCUCAACAAUUUCUUUACACCUUCACAGAAUCACAAGUUCAUAUUCAAUUAUUUUUGGACUUUGAAACAUAGUAUGGCUGACCUGCUUCUGUUCAUAUUCCAGUUUUUUCUUCUGUUUUUUCCUUCCCUUGCUUGCUUUUUGGUGUUUUCACUCCUGAUUAUCCUCUUCACGAUAAUUGGAUAAACUCUAGCAUUUUAUAAGAUCUACAAUUGAUUAGUGCUUAUUUUAAAAGACCCAUCCUCUCCUUUUAAAAAUGUGUUUUAUGUUAACUUUAUAUUAAUUUUAUACUAUGCAUAAUAGCCAUGUAACCAUGCUGUGUUUUAUGAUGUCUAUGUAAAGAGUGUACUCCAAUAUUUUCAUGUAUCUAUAAUUUAUCAGGAAAAUCAUCUAAUGAAUAAGAAUGUUGUGGAUGAUAUUGUUUCGAAUCUGAUGUUAUAUGAUCUCCUCUUUGUCUUGUUACCUUAUUACAAUUAAUAUUUUAAUUGCAGGUAAUUCACAUUUAGAACAUGCUGAUUAAUAGCAGGGAGAUGGAAAAUGCACUGUGCCCUCUUCUUUUGAGAAAAAUGGGAUGGCGAACCUGGCAUUGGACAUACAUGUGUUCAUUUUUUACAUCCUUAAACCUCUGUCUUGACAUAUGAUUAACGGCUGACAUCAAAUGUGCAUGAACAUUUCAGUUCAUACGGGUAGUUUCAUCUUCUGCAGUGCCUUUUGCUUUCUUGUACAAAAUGUGUAGGCCUACUGUAUAGUAUAUUGUGUUGUGAAGGAGAAAGAGCCACUAUUGGACCUUUGGUCCUCUAUUAAACUCAGGUUUGUGCUUAUCAUGUAAGGAAGUUAUUUACAUUUACUAUCCUGUGCAUUUCUUUUGACUACUGUAAAGUGCACUCAUCUCUGUGCUCAAAUUUCUUUUGACCCUGGUUGUUUGAUUUUAGAAAAGGUUUACUCUUUUCACUUAUAUGUAUAAAAUUGUUACUUUAUUUU